AUGGCCCAUUUCUCCCGCGAAGACGAGGCGAUGCUGCAGGCGAUGCUGAGGCAGUUGUUCCAGAGUGUGAAAGAGAAGAUCAAGGGUGCUCCUUCCCUGGAGUGCGCCGAGGAGAUCCUGUUACAUCUGGAGGAAACUGAUGAGAAUUUUCACAACUAUGAAUUCGUGAAAUAUCUUCGACAAUACAUAUGCAACACUUUAGGGUCUAUGAUUGAAGAAGAAAUGGAAAAAUGCACCUCUGAUCAAAAUCAGGGUGAAGAAUCUGGCUAUGACACAGUUGUACAGCAUGUUACUAAAAGAACCCAAGAAUCUAAAGAGUACAAAGAGAUGAUGCAUUACCUAAAGAACAUCAUGAUGGCAGUGGUGGAAUCUAUGAUUAACAAGUUUGAAGAAGAUGAACUACGAUUUCAAGAGAGGCAGAAAAAAAUCCAGAAGGAGAAAAGCAAUAGUUACUGCACAGACAAUUGCUCUGAUAGUGACUCAUCAUUUAACCAGAGUUACAAAUUUUGUCAAGGAAAAUUACAAUUGAUUUUAGAUCAGUUGGAUCCUGGGCAAUCUAAAGAGGUGCGAUAUGAAGCCUUGCAAAUGUUAUGCUCAGCUCCUCCAUCAGAUGUGCUGAACUGUGAAAACUGGACUUCUGUUUGUGAGAAGCUUACAGUCUCUCUUGCUGAUCCUGAUCCUGUAUUCAGUGACCGGAUUUUAAAAUUCUAUGCACAGACAUUUACACUUUCACCUUUACACAUGACAAAAGAAAUUUACACAAGCUUAGCUAAACAUUUGGAGUUGUACUUUCUUUCUAGAGAAAAUCAUAUUCCUACUCUUUCAACGGGUGUAGAUGUGACUAAUCCGAAUGUGACUCGUUUACUUAAAAAGAUUCGACUUCUAAACGAGUAUCAGAAAGAGGUACCCUCUUUUUGGAUUCGUCAUCCAGAGAAGUAUAUGGAGGAAAUUGUGGAGAGCACUUUGUCAUUAUUGUCAGUUAAACAUGAUCAAAGCCAUCUUGUCUCACAAAAGGUUUUGGAUCCAGUUUAUUUUCUUGCAUUAGUGGAUGCAAAGGCUGUGUGGUUCAAGAAGUGGAUGCAUGCAUAUUAUAGUAGAACUGUUCUACUAAGACUUCUUGAAAAGAAAUACAAAUGUCUGAUAAAUACUGCAGUUCAACAGUGUAUUCAGUACUUUGAAUUGUGUGAGACCAUGAAAACUGAUGCAACUUUGCAACAUUCAAAGCAUUGUGGGAACAAGCAACAAAAUUUCCAUUAUUCAGGACAAGAAUUACAGUAUAUUUACUUCAUUCACUCAGUAUGCCUACUAGGAAGAUUACUGAUCUAUACACAAGGCAGAAAGCUAUUUCCUAUAAAGUUGAAGAAUAGAAAAGAUUCACUGUCCCUUACGGAUCUGAUGGUUCUGUUUACCCAGCUUAUAUAUUACUCACCAAGUUGUCCAAAGAUGACAUCAGCUGGACAGUCAGAAAAUUACUCUCCAGCAAGUAUGAUCACUGAAGUUCUGUGGAUAUUCUGUGAUCAGAAAGAGUGUGCUAUUGAAUGUUUAUAUAACAGCACUGUGAUAGAGGCACUUCUUCAGCCCGUUCAUAAUAUAAUGAAAGGCACUGAGGCUGCUUCACAUUGCAUGGAAACAGCUUUAAUUCACAUAGCUGAUAUUUUGACAAGAAUUGCAUCUGUAGAAGAAGGUCUUAUUUUACUUCUUUAUGGUGAGACUAUGAACUCUUCUGAUGAAGAAAAUCCUGCAGGUGCUCACAUAAUAGCCCAAUUCACAAAGAAACUUCUUGAUGAAGACAUUCCUAUGUUUUGUGGAUCAGAGAUGUGGCCUGCAGUUACAGGAGCUUUUAUUUCUGUGUGCCGUCAAAUCUAUGGUACAUGUGAAGGACUGCAAGUGUUAAUUCCUUAUAGUUUACAUGAAUCCAUCGCAAAAGCAUGGAAGAAAACAAGUUUGUUAUCAGAAAGAACUCCUACCCCAGUAGAAGGUUCUGAUUCUGUUGAUGCAUUAAGCCAGCAAUCUCAAAACAUUAUGGCUUGGGAAGAGAAUUUGUUAGCUGAUUUACUAAAUUUUGCUGCCACCCCCAAAGGACUACUACUUCUUCAACGAACAGGUGCUAUGAAUGAAUGUGUUGCACUAAUGUUCAACCGAUAUACAAAGAAAUUACAGGUCAACAGACCCAAAAAGUUUGACUAUGAUGUUAUCGUUACUCAAGUGGCAUCAACAGCAGCGGGUGCAGUAGCAUUGCAAAAUUCAGGGUUUAUUAAUGCACUUAUAACUGAAUUAUGGGCCAAUCUGGAAUGUGGAAGGGACGACGUUAGGGUCACCCAUCCUAGAUCUACUCCAGUGGAUCCUAUAGAUCGUAGCUGUCAAAAGUCUUUUCUAGCACUGGUGACCUUGUUAUCUUCUCCUGCUGUGUAUGAGCUGGUAGGAAAUCAAGAACUUCCUAAUAAAGCAGAAUAUUGUCUUCGUGAGGUUCCAACGUGUAUUAUUGACAUUAUUGAUAGACUUAUUAUUUUGAAUUCUGAAGCUAAGAUUCAUUCUUUAUUUAACUAUGAACAAUCACACAUCUUUGGAUUAAGAGACUUCAUUAUUGAUGGAUUGUCAGUAGAAAGGAAUCAUGUUCUUGUUAGGAUAAAUCUUACUGGUGGUCCAUUAGAACGAAUUUUGCCUCCAAGGGUAUUGGAUAAGGGUAAUGAUCCAUAUCCUUGGCCAAUGUUUUCAUCAUAUCCUUUGCCAAACUGCUAUAUUUCAGAAGUUAGAAGAAAUACUGACAUAAAGCAAGAUAAUGAUCUUAGCAAGUUACUGUCACACUUAAAAAUUCCUGAUAAACAAACUGAAUGGAUAGAAAACUGCCGAAGACAGUUUUGCAAAACGAUGAAGACCAAGCCUGAUACAAUCAGUGGAGCUGCUCUGGUAGAAUUACUUGAAAAAUUUGUGUUUCAUCUUUCUGAAACUCCAUCUGAAUGCUACUUUCCUUUGGUGGAAUAUAAAGCUGCUGAUGCAAAUGUGAAGAAUGAAAGUCUUUCAUCUGUGCAGCAGCUUGGCAUUGAAAUGACUGUCAGGUAUGGUAAGUUCCUCAACCUCUUGAACGAUGGUGCUGAAAAUCAACUCUCCUUGGUCUUAAAGCAUUGUGAGAGGUUCCUGAAACAGCAGCAAGCUCCUGUGAAAUCUUCUUUUCAUAUCCUUUUUAUCUGCCUGCAGACAAGUUAUGCUGGCUAUGAUUGGUUUAUAUCUUCUCUGUUUCUGAUAAUGUUGGGGGACAAGGAGAAAACAUUCCAGUUUCUUCAGCAGUUUUCUCGGCUUCUGGCAUCUGCUUUCCUUUGGUUGCCAAGACUCCAUAUUUCUAAAUACCUGCCUGUUGACAUUCUACAAUCUGGCAUCCAUCCCGUAUAUUUCUGCAGUACUCACUAUAUUGAAAUGUUGCUGAAGACUGAGGUGCCCCUUGUCUUUUCAGCUUUCCACAUGUCAGGUUUUGCACCAUCACAGAUUUGCCUGCAAUGGAUAACUCAGUGUUUUUGGAACUACUUAGAUUGGAUAGAAAUAUGCCACUAUAUUGCUACUUGUGUUUUCCUGGGUCCUGAUUAUCAAGUGUAUAUAUGUAUAGCUAUCUUCAAACAUCUACAACAAGAUAUUCUGGAGCAUACACAGGCUCAAGAUCUGCAGGUUUUCCUAAAAGAAGAAGCACUGCAUGGAUUUCGAGUGAGCAAUUACUUUGAGUACAUGGAGAUUCUGGAACAAAACUACAGACCAGUGGUGCUGAGAGACAUGCGGAGUAUCAGAGGGCAGAGCACAUAG